UCGUGGCUCGAGCCUUGCUUCUUCGUUCACGCGAUGACGUUUCAGAUAUUCUUUUGACUUCAAACUGAGAAGUAGUUGUCAUUAGGAGCUUAUCUAUUAACCUUUUUUAUUAGCUUACCACAAACGCAACAGCACUUGCGGAAUUAAUUCGCGAGCCGUCAGGAAAAGCAGUGCAAUCAUUAUCGACAAUUGUGUUAUUGUUGUUCGCAAGUGAGGGGUGAAACGGAACAUUUGCGAAAAUUAUUAUUUUACUGGAACGGAUGUACGAGCAUUACAAGAAUUGCGCCCGCUGUGAUAGAGCAACAGUUUGUGUGUGACGAAUUCUGAUAUAAAGACACUCGAAAGACUGGAAAACUGUCACGCGUUCGAAGCUGAUGCACGUUGUUCAGAUAACAGAGAGAGUACAAGCGACAGAUUUUGAGAGAUUCGCGUUGAUUGAUUAGUAAAAUUUUCGUUUAGUCUCUUGUUUAACUGUAUUAUCAAUAUUAGUUUUAGUUUUGAAUAAAGUGAAGCUUUGGUUAUUAGGGUUUAGCCGCAAUUUAGUAGCAACGUAGUUUGUUGGGAUUCAGUAAAUCGUGAUUUUUUGUUUAUGCUUAUUGUUAAACAUCGUUGUACUUUUUAUCAUCGAUUCUAUACGCUGUUCAGCUUUAUGCAUCCUUGCAAUCGUGUAAUCUUGCGAUCGAUCGCGCUUUAUUAUCGGGAAAUGCUUUAAAUGUGCCUUGUAAUUUUGCAAUCGGUAAUGGAACAGAAGCCAGUUUCUUCACCAACGACAGUCCCAAGUGGUGUCAUAGUUCAGAGUUGUGCUCAGGUAGACGAUGGUAGUAGCAUACUGGGGGGUAUUAGCACUAGCGUAGGUAGUAUUUCUGACAGCAAUCUUAGCUCGACAACCGCUAUCCACAAGCCAAAUAUCACAUCAUCAGCUGCCGGUUCCACAACGGCUACACCAGUGAAGGCAGCAUCCGGUGCUCUAACGACGUCUUCAUCGGUUACAUCCUGCAUUCCCAGCCCGAUUUUGAGUCCUCCUAGGAAGGUGUGGGGUCGUAACAAUAACGGUACAAUGGUAGAAACAUCCACCCCGUCCAAUGAAGCUGAACUUCAACUGUAUCGUGUCCUUCAAAGGGCUAGUUUGCUCAACUAUUAUGACACUUUACUUGAAAUGGGAGGAGACGAUUUGCAGCAGUUGUGUGAGGCAUGUGAAGAAGAAUUUCUCGAAAUCAUGGCAUUAGUAGGAAUGGCGUCCAAGCCGUUGCAUGUGCGACGUCUACAAAAAGCUUUACAGGAAUGGGUCACCAAUCCUUCAGCUUUUCAGAGUCCUUUGACCAAUCUGGAUACUCCAUCCCGGUUAACCUACAGUCCGGGUCCAGGAUCGAUAGCUCGAAGUGUUGGCAGUUAUGCUGCAUCUUCGAUAGCUCCUACAUCCAGCUUCAUUGCAAAUCCAUCAUCCAGUACAAACAUUCAACCGUCUUCGUUAGGUCAUCUGGCGACUAGUCUUAGUAGUAGUAUUAGUAGUAACGUGGUUAGUGCUAUCGGUUCCACUACGGCGAGUUCAUUGCAAUUGACACCCUGCCUAACUGAAGACCAAAUCACUAAAAUUAUACAAGCGGCCGAACGGCUUUCUAGAACAAUUCCUCGUCACCUAGAGCCGCGACAGCAAAACAUAAAAAAACGAACCACACGUGACCUGGAGCAGGUGAUAGCAAUGAACGAAAACGAUCCGCGUCGAAUGGAAGAAAUUCGAAAAUACUCCGCUAUCUACGGUCGCUUUGAUUGCAAACGGCGACCUGAGAAACCUCUGACUCUUCACGAGGUAUGCGUAAACGAAGCCGCCGCUCAAAUUUGCAAAUACGUUCCAGCUUUACUCACCCGACGUGAUGAGCUUUUUCCCUUGGCGCGACAGGUUGUGAAAGAGUGCGGCUUUGGGCAUUCUGCCAGUAUACGACUAACAGGAUUAUGUCAUACACAAACCAGCCGGCAUGACGAGUUGGAAACGUCACAACAGAUGAAAAGAGCUCGACUGUCCAGUGAUACCAGUUCCGAUCUCGGAAAGGAAAAUUCAGACGACAACAGAGAUCUUUCCAGCACUUCACUGUAUCAGCAGAUGGGUGACAAACCAUUCGACCUGACCGAUUCAAGUAAAUUUUCGUUUACCAGAUCCGAAUUUGAUGACGCAGAUUCUCGAUUUAGUUUUAGCAAUUCAAGUUCGUCACCAGUUCAAGCUGGAAAUGGAAUCGACCGAGAUUUGAACGACCACGAAUUUCCGGAUAAUCUCAGACACACCGCAAGAUCGCUUAUCGCCCACGACAGCUCUCUCGGAGUCCAAGUAAUAUCGUCAUCCGGUGGUCAUAUUAUCGCCGUUGCCAAUCCAGCUCUAGCGCUGAGUCCAGCUUUAAGUGAAGCCAUUACCAUCAAGCGAGAGGCAAUUUCGCCCGAUUUAUAACAACUCACCAAGAUUACAUGCAAAUGCUAGUUGUAUGCUUUAAUCGUAAAUCCUGAGUUGAAUCUACAGUGCAGUUUUUAUUCGCUGCUUUCUCGUUCCCAAUUUGGUAAAAUUGAAAUUAUGCAUUUGUUUAAACUAUUUGCAAAUUAGUUUCGGUUCCAUAGUUGGCACUCUCUGCUAAGAAAUAUAAGUCUAUUAUUGGAGAACAUUAGAAGAUUGACGAUUUGUAAUAUAACAUAUGAGUUUCUAAUAACCCCUUCAAUUGGUGAACGAUUGGGCGGCGAAUAAAAUCAUUUGAGAGGGCUCAUAUGUCAUGAAACUAAAAAUAAAUUAUCAACUCCUAUUGGCAACUAGUCUAUAAACUUUAUAAAAGUUUAAAAUUUUUCGAUAGUUUCAAAAUUAAUAAUGUUCGAAGUUAUAACUUGAUAGCAAUGGAUUGGAGCGUAGGACAAUAUACUCUAGCAUGAGAGAGUCCGAAAGUUGAAUCGAACGUGUUAUACGAUCAAUCUUAGCAAUAAUAAAAAAAUAAAUUUCGUACAGACUGCUUUAGUUCAUUUCUUUAUGUUUACCAGUUUCAGUUUUUUAAGUUUUGAAUGAAAUUAUGAUCUGCUCCGAAGAACAAUAAAGACUGUAUUUUAACAUAUUAUACUUGGUUUAUUAUUUGAACUAUGAUUUAUACUUAAUGGUACUUUUUCGAAGAUGUAAAUAAAAUAACGCAUACUAUGCUAUGUAUAAUUUUGUGACUGUAAUACAGUUAAACAUAGACAUAUAAAAGAAACAGGCUAAUGAAUAAUAUAGCAAGUAAAAUCAUUCGUACAAACUGCAAACAAAUUUAGUGUAAAUCCGAUACAAAGUAAAGUUGCAAUUAUGAAUAAAAACAGCUUUUGGGAGAAUAGAACCAUUAUAUCUGAA